AUGUUUGCAGGAACUGCGGGUGAACUGCUACUACCAAUCGAAUUAACUGUCGUCUUUGCAUUUGAAGAGAAGCAAGAAGUGAAUGUCACAUAUGGUGAAUACUUUACACUUGAAGAUAACACGAUAGUGAUAAGAGUGACGCGACAAAAAAACGAUACAUGCCUUGAACCAGAAAUAUCGCUAAGAAUUCUUGGUCCAAUUGGAAAUGUCACUGAAGUCAAAUUGAAUUAUGAAAUCCCAGAGUUUAAUUUUUGUAUCCAAAAUUAUCAAAGUUAUACAGUUUCUCUUCGUCAAAUGAAUAAAUAUUUAUUAGCCACUUAUCUCGACACUGAUGAUUUCAAGAAUUUUGAACGUAAAGCAAUCUUGUUUACCCGUGAUGGAGAAGUCAAAGGAAAUCCAGUGAUAUUAUCGCCAAAGAUGACAUCUCCGAUGAAUUCGAACGUUGACAUAACAGAACACUUUCUUGGUAUAAAUGGACACCUAUUUAUUAACUCAUACAAUGAGCAUAAUCAUAUCGCAUGGACGCAAUUAAGUCAAAUCGAUCAGUCUGGAAAUUUUCGAAUUUUACGAAGUGGGACUUUUAACGAAAAUAAUACACAAGCCACUGUUUUUCCAACGCUUGAUGGUUCAUUUGCCCUUGCAUAUAUAGUAAAUAGUACACAUCCUACAGACAUUUUAUCCCAAUUCGUCGAUCCUCAAUGGACAGCGCAAGUGGCAUUUCUACGUUUGAAAAGUGACAAAUUUACAUCGCCAUUUCUAUUAUAUCAAACCGAAUUGAAAUUAGCAUAUAUGGCUUUAUCAUCAUGUAUUAAUUAUUCCGAUAAAGUUGGAUAUGGGUGUCUCUUACAACUUGCGUCAGAUGGAUCUGGAAAAAAUGGAACUGAUAUGUGGCUCGAAAUAUCUUUCUUAUCGGCAGGCGGGAUAACUAACAUCACAAAUAUGCAAAAAUUUCUUAAUAAUGAUAAUCGUGUAGUGGGAAUUACGUCACUCUUUUAUGGAGGAUAUCUCGUUUAUUUAUCAAAACCAAAUGGAAACGAAACAUGGUCACCAUAUAUGGAGGGUGUUAUUUAUGACAUUGACAGAAAUCGUAACUCGACAUUAAACUUUCCGAAUAAUGUCCAACUCACCUUUGUGUCUGGUAUAUUGGGAAAUUAUAGUUUUUGGUCUCUUUCAAACAACACAAACAAAAAAAGUUGGACGAUUGUCACGACUGAGCUUCCUCGUUUUCUCUCUGACCAAGGUUAUUUUAACACGAAAGUUGAAACCACAUACCCAGCUAUUAAUGAUUCAGUUAAAAUAGGAACCACAAAUAUUAACAUUACAUUUACAGAUAAGGUUAAACUUUCCACGAAUCAGUUAUCUAUAUAUAAAUAUGAUUCGGGCGAAGUCUAUCGUCAAUUUGUUAUCGCAGAUAGUGAAUAUUGUAAGAUGUCGGAUGAUGGUCGAACUGUAUCGAUCACUGUAUUGAGUAGCACUUUCAAUCAGGGUGGUGGUUAUUAUUAUGUGCAAGUAGAAGAUAAUUUUGUUCAGGAUUUCCUUCUAGAAGAACCAAUGCAUGGAAUUUCUGGAUAUCGAUGGAUUUUUAAGCCUGUUACCGGUCUUCUUCGACUUAAUUCGGACGGAACUCAAAAAUACAAAAAUUCUAAUGGUGCUGAAAGACAAAAGUUCUAUGACGAAUUAUUAGUAGACUUGUCAAUAGUUACACCGAUCGAUAUAUCGAGGUUAAAGCACAAUUAUGGAUUCCAAUACCAAACGGAUGCUCCAGAAGAGCAAAUAUUACUUUCGGUCAAAAUUUUAGCUGGAAAUCCUUCAGAGAUGACAGUCAAAGAAGUCGCAGAUACUAUGGAUGAAUUGAUUCGCCAUAAAGACAUUAGCCCAAUAAGUGUUCGGCCGCCGGCAUCAUAUCUCGACGAAACAUAUGGAUUUAAUGUUUAUCCCAAUUUCUGGGAACUAUAUAAAUUGCAAUUGGUAGGAGGGAUAAUUGGGUUUGUCGUUGUCGUGGGACUUUAUUUCGCUGCUAGACGAGCAUAUCAUCCGGGAAAUAAUUUGGCAAUCUUUCAAUUUGUUAUUAUCAUCAUCGAUUUUAUAUUUGAUGUUUUAUUUAUUAAAUUCAAUGGUAAAGAUGUACCGAGUUUAUAUUUGCCAAGCAUUGUUAUUCUAACUGCUACGAUGGGGAUUAAUUUGAUCCUUGCUUCUAGGAUAAUUGUUCACGAGAAUCAUACCAAUUUAGAUUUUCAUCAAUGGUUUUCGCGAUACGGAAGACUGUGCUCGCUUUUCUCGGUUUUGUCGAUUACUGAUAUCGAAGCCUUGCAAAUUCUGUCAUCGAGAUUCGCUGGUUUAGAUUUUCUUAGUGCAACUUAUUCGGAUCAAGCACAGAAUUGGCUUUUUUGGGGUUCAGUCUGUGGAUUGCUUCUAGAAGAUAUCCCUCAAUUAGUAAUUCAGAUAAUAUAUCGCUUUAACGUAAUCACAUGGGAUAUUGUGCCAUUCAUUGCAAUAGGUUCAUGUGUCAUUGUCGUAUUCGUGAAAUUAAUUGAAAAGAUAUUUUUCGCUAUCCAAGUUUGUAAAAAGCCGCGACAUCAAUUACCGCCCACGCAUUAUUUGAACGCAGAACACAUUGACACUUAUCCAAACUAUCAACUGCCACAGAAAGAGGUAGUAGAUCCAUCCGACUCAUCUACUGUUGUGAUGUCAGAAACAGAUACGAGUACAGCAACGGCAGCUGACGAAAUCAACACAUUGCAAAUCGUGAAAUAA